AGUGAGUUUCGGCUGGGUGUGCGGUUUUACACGGAUGAGCAGCCGGCCGCUGCCAUCCUGCACCUGGAGAAGGCGCUGGAGGAGUAUUUUGUGGCAGACGCUGAGUGCCGUGUGCUCUGUGAGGGACCCUACGACUAUGAGGGCUACAACUACCUGGAGUACAACGCGGACCUUUUCCAGGCCAUCACAGACCACUACAUGCAGGUGCUAAGCUGCAAGCAGGGCUGCGUUACAGAGCUGGCCUCCCAGCCCGGCCGGGAGAAGCCUUUGGAGGAUUUCCUGCCCUCGCACUUCAACUACCUCCAGUUUGCCUACUACAACAAUGGGAAUUACGAAAAAGCCAUUGAAUGCACCAAAACCUAUUUGCUCUUCUUCCCAAAUGAUGAGGUGAUGAACCAGAAUUUGGCCUAUUACACUGCUGUCCUGGGAGAAAACCUGGCAGGACCCAUACAGCCCCGAGAGGAGAUCCAGGCAUACCGCCAGCGAAGCCUGAUGGAGAAGGAGCUGCUGUUCUUCAGCUACGAUGUCUUUGGCAUCCCCUUCGUGGACCCGGACACGUGGACUCCUGAAGAGGUGAUACCAAAAAGACUGCGAGAGAAACAAAAGGUGGAGCGGGAGACGGCAGCGCGCAUCUCGGAGGAGAUUGGCAACCUCAUGAAGGAGAUUGAGACGCUGGUGGAGGAAAAGGCCAAGGAGUCUGCUGAUAUGAGCAAGUUCAUCCGAGAAGGUGGCCCCUUGGUGUACGAAGGAGCCAGUGUCACCAUGAACUCCAAGACCCUGAACGGCUCCCAGCGCGUUGUGGUGGAUGGAGUCCUUUCUGCCGAGGAGUGCCGGGAGCUGCAGAGACUCACCAACGCAGCUGCCUCAGCAGGGGAUGGCUAUCGUGGGAAGACGUCUCCUCACACCCCGAGUGAGACCUUCUACGGUGUGACUGUCCUCAAGGCCCUCAAGCUGGGCCAGGAGGGCAAGGUGCCCCUGCAGAGCGCCUACCUCUACUACAACGUGACGGAGAAGGUGCGGCACAUGAUGGAGUCCUACUUCCGCCUGGAGGUCCCGCUCCACUUCUCCUACUCCCACCUGGUGUGCCGCACGGCCAUCGACGAGAAGCAAGAAGGACGAAGUGACAGCAGUCAUGAGGUGCACGUGGACAACUGCAUCCUCAACGCAGAGGCCCUGGUGUGUGUGAAGGAACCUCCAGCCUACACCUUCCGGGAUUACAGUGCCAUCCUCUAUCUCAAUGGGGACUUUGAAGGAGGAGCUUUCUACUUCACUGAGCUGGAUGCCAAGACUGAGACCGCGGAGGUUCAGCCGCAGUGCGGCCGUGCCGUGGGCUUCUCCUCUGGCUCCGAAAACCCCCAUGGGGUGAAAGCGGUGACCAAGGGCCAACGCUGUGCCAUCGCCCUCUGGUUCACACUGGACCCUCGACACAGUGAGCGGGAGCGUGUGCAGGCAGACGACCUGGUGAAGAUGCUUUUUGGUGCCGAAGAGGGUGAGUUGCUGCAGGAGAUGGGGCAGGCGCCAUGUGAAGCCGCUGGCGGCUGUCGCC